CUCAAACUCCACAAAACGCACCAUUCACCUUCACCUUCCUGAUACACCCAAAACAACAAACACAUUAAAAAUGGUCGACGUAGACCGGAGAAUGACCGGUUUAAACCCGGCUCACAUAGCCGGUCUACGCCGCUUAUCAGCUCGAGCCGCUUCAUCUUCUACCUCUUCCUCCUCCUCAGAACGUAACUGUUUAUUCUCAUUCUCUUCAGUAGUAGAUAAAGUCAUAACUCAGCUCCAUAACUCCGGUGUCCAAGUCCAACCUGGUCUCUCCGACGCAGAAUUCGCACGUGCAGAAGCUGAGUUCAGUUUCGUUUUCCCACCGGACCUCCGUGCAAUUCUCGCCGCCGGCAUCCCCGUCGGACCUGGAUUCCCUGACUGGCGAUCCACCGCCGCUCGCCUCCGUCUCCGCGCCUCACUUGAUCUUCCAAUUGCCGCAAUCUCGUUUCAGAUCGCGAGAAACGCGUUCUGGUCGAAAUCUUGGGGAUUAAGACCUUCUGAACCGGAGAAAGCACUGAAAAUUGCGAGAAAUGCUUUGAAGAAAGCUCCGUUACUGAUUCCUAUCUUCAACCAUUGCUACAUUCCUUCAAAUCCUUCACUCGCCGGAAAUCCGAUUUUCUACGUCGAUGAAAAUAGAAUCUUCUGUUGCGGUUUCGAUCUUUCAGAUUUCUUUCAACGUGAGUCUUUAUUUCGAAGAUCCGAAUCCGAUCCGAAAAUUCUCAUGAAGCAACGUUCUGUUAGCGAGAAAUCCGCGGGUUCUUCAACGGCAUUUUCACGAAGGAGUCUCGACACCGGAGGAAGGACGCCGAGGUGGGUGGAAUUUUGGACAGAAGCUGCCACGGAUCGUCGCCGGAGAAACUCGUUGUCGUCGGAAUCUACUUCGCCGGAGAGGUUUUUUGAUAUUCCACCACGGUCUGUUAUUCCCGGUUGGGUUGAUGAAUAUAUUGAUAAAAUCGGGUCGGUUUUGAAAGCGGGUGGGUGGAGUGAACCGGAUAUAACCGAAAUGGUUCAAGUUUCGGCUUGUGGUUUUUUUGAAGGGGAAAUGGUGAUGUUGGAUAAUCAAGCGUUGUUGGAUGCUUUGUUAUUAAAAGCGGAUCGGUUUUCGGAUUCACUUCGAAAAGCUGGGUGGAGCUCCGAAGAAGUAUCCGAAGCUCUAGGAUUCGAUUUUCGACCUGAGAAGGAAAGGAAACCAGUUAAGAAGCUGUCGCCGGAGCUUGUUGAAAAGAUUGAGAAACUGGCUCAAUCAGUUUCUCAUCCUUGAAAGUUGGAAUGAGAUCAAAACAUUUUUCUUUUUUGUUCUUUUAUUCUAAUUUUAAUUUUAAUUUUUAUGAUCUUAGGUUUUGGUUUUCCCUUUUUGGUGUCUAAAAAGACCAGGAAUUGGGUUGUACUAGGAACAAUGUGCACAAAAUAGUUUGAAAAGGUUUUUUACAUGUUUAAGAUCAUCUUGUCCUUUUUAUAUAUACACUACAAAAUUAUAGUAAAGUUCAUAAUAAAUAAAUAAAUGAUCAACGGUUGAAUAUA